UUGGGAUUUUGACAAAAUAAUAAAAAAUAAAUUAAAAAUGUUUUUUUUAACUAGUUCAAAAAUAUUUCAAAACGAAACAAAACAAAAUUCUCAGUAAACAUCAAACAAAAAUUCCAAGAAAUUUGUCGCGAAAUAAAUAUUCUAACUAAUUUAUCAAAAUGAUUUGGCUUUUAAAGAGAUUGCCUUUUUAUUCUCUGGCUCUAAUGGCCAGUUAUGCUGCCUACAAUAUGCCUCCGGAAACCAAUCCUUAUGCCUUUACAGCCUGUGCCGUUGCCAUUAUCUAUGGUGUGUUCGGUUUGGUGGGUGGUCAAGAAGUGGCGGAUGGUAUAGUGAAGGGUGUGGUCGAUGAUCUUCUAGAUUUUGUACCGCUGGCAAUGGUAAACAUCGAGAUAUUUCAAAUAAUGGGCAAACCAUAUGCAUUUGUUCAUGCCUUGUUCGUUAUACCCUUGAUACUGGACCUAAUUGCCAAACUAUUUGGAGAAGAAAGCGAUGAUGCAGCUACGCAAACCCUAAAGCAUGUCAGCAAUUUGGCAAAUGUUGUUUCCUUGCUGCAUCUCUCCUAUAUGGAAGACAAUUAUAUGUUUGGUUAUGUGGCGCUGUCAUAUCUGUCAGCACAUAUGGGCAUGGUCAUUGGAGGAAGAUGUCAUGGUUAUGUUGUUGAUCUCAACUAUGUUAUGAGUUAUGUUUUAUUCUAUUUUACCUCAACAUUAGCGGUGACAGUGCCAAAUGCACCAAAGGCUUAAAAUAACAAGUAAAUUGGAAUUAAUUUAAAUUGUCAACUAAAUAGUCAUUGAGUUAAAUUUCCAAAAAAAUUAUUAAAAUUAAAAGAAAAAGUUUGAAGUCAAAAUUAAAAAUAAUCAAUAAAAAAUUAAUCAAUAUUU